GGGCUUCCAACAUCAUAAUCCUGGAUACGGAGAUGGCAGGCGAGAUCGAGAGGCUCUGCGAUACUUGGUUCGAUGAACCAAUUAGAUCAAACAACCUACACCACACACCACACUACACACACACACACCAUUUUGCUGGGUGCAACAAUACAACAAUACAACAACAGGGAGCGAAGACUGGGAGAACAACAAAAAAGAAUUCUUUACGAGCCUCGCUCCGGUGCACGGUCAUCAAGUCAGCUCGUUCAACAUUCAAGAGGCAUCGAUGAUAAUAUUCAUUCAUUUGAUCAAACCGCCGACGAUGCAGACGACGAUGGAGACGACUUUCAUUAUGGGCCUGGUUUCCCUCCCCCCACCAAAAAAAAAAAAAAGCCAUACCCAUCUGAACUCCCCAUCAUCAUCGUACCUCCUUCUACUGGGCGGCCGCCCAAACGCAGUCCAAAAACAAAACCAAAGUCAAGAACGGCGGGAAAUACGAAAACAUAUUGCCAAAGUAGCAGCAACAGCAAAAGCAACUACGGCAACAUCAUCGGCCAACAACAGCAACACGCGGAAUCUCAGCAGCAGCAUAAUGCAUCAUUACACUGAAACAGUAAACGGGGCAGGUCAGCAUUGCAAAAAAAAAAUAUAUAUAUCAGAGCUAUCAGGGAAAGAAAUUACCUUAAUUGUGGGAUUCAAAUAUUAGACUCAGUAUGUUGAUACAUUUUAAAGUGAUUGAAUUACAAUAGCUACAGUAAUGGAGUAGAAGUACUUAUACCAAAAUAUUUUGUUGUGUCAAUGGUUAAAUUUCAAAGCUUG